UAUGCUUCCUUUAUUAUAUGCCCCAUAGUAUAUGAAUUAUCCAUAACUCAAUCUUUAAUAGUUCUAUAUGCUUCCAACUACCACGUAUGCAUUACAAACUCCUAAAAAAGAAACUUGUGAUUAAGCCUGCUAAUUCCCAGAGCCUUGCUUAUUUGAAUCAUAACUACCAAGUAACACUGUGAAAUUUGAAGAAGCAGCUGAAAAAGAAUUGACAAUCCUACUCAAAUACUUAUCUAAACAUAUUUCAUUAUUAAAAGACAGUGUAUUUGAUGAGUUUGUGUUAGAAAAUUUAAAAGUAUUUCAUCUUGUAUAAAUUGUAGACAUUGUCAUCUCUAUAGAAAGACCUUCCAAACAUGAUUAAAAAACGAUAUAUCUUAGUCAAUAAAACAAAAGAGGAAAUGACAAAAUUUAUCAUCAGAAGAUGUUUUCUCUUUAUCAAAACUUAAAUUGAUUAUGAAGAAAAAGAAGGAGUCUCUGCUGAAGAGAGAGAUAGAAUAUUUUAUCAUUCUUUCUUCUCUGAUGAUUAAGAAUUUAUGAAAUCUCUUUAAAAUGAAUCUAUUGAUGAUAUGAUCCCAUUUAGAAAAGAUUCUAAGGUUAAAACCAUGAAUGAUAAUUAUUUAAAAAGACUAUUUGAAUCAGAAAGAUUCUCUAAAUAUUAUGCUUUAUUUUUAAGUAUUUAUUCCUAUAAAUAAAUAGAUCAAUUUAAGGAAAUUUGUUAAAAUGAAAAUGAAGAAAAAAUAGAAAAUAUGACAAAAUAAUUGAUCAAAAUUAUCAUGACUAGAGAUUAUGGAGUAUUAUUUAAUUCUAAUUAUUUUUUAUAGAAAAUCAAAACUUAUAGGAGAUUCCCCUGGAAAGACCAUGAAUUAAUCAAAUGCGAAGGUAGAGCCAAAGAAUUAUAUACCAAAUAUUCAAAUUCUCACAUUAAAAGUAUUUUAUUCAUAAUAAUUAGAAACCAAAAAUAAAUAUAGUUCAAAAUGUGAUUCACAUACGUCUGAUAUUUUGGAAAAGUACUCUGAAUCUUAAAAUUGAUA